UAAAACAUAAAUAAUAUUAUGAACAUUCAACAUAUAUAUACAAGCCACUAUUUACGGGUUUUGCAAUGGAAAUUUUCACUCCCAGAUUGACAACAAAGUAUUUUUUAGAAAACGAUGACUUAAUCGGUGAAAAAUGUCGAACAUGUUUGAAAAAAACAAGCGAUAUUUGGCAGGUAUUUCAGUCCGAUGGAGAAAUAUCUUCGAGAAUUAUGGCUUGCGCUGCAGUUCAGGUGCAUGAAGGAGAUGGACUACCCAAUGUCAUUUGCUAUUCUUGUCGGGAGUUGCUGGAUAUUUCCUACAAUUUCAAAUGUCAAGUAGAAAAAACUGACGCUAAAUUCCGUGAGACAUUCAAAACACCGGAGAUCAUGUUUAAUGAUGAUAAAGUAGCUCAACCAGUUAAUGCAGUAAUAACUGAAGCUAUUUCCGAUGAAAUAUCUAAUAAACAAAUGAGGGAAAAUGAAGUACAAACGAACGAAAGUGCGGAACAACAAUAUCAACCUGAAGGAUACCUUCGAAUGAAUAAUUCAGCUGAUGAAGAUGAAGAUGACGAUAAUGGCAAUAAUGAUGAUGCUGAUUGUGCGGAGGAGGGAGAGGAGGAGGAGGAUGAAGGAGAAGAAGAUGAUGAAGAUGAAGAUGAAGACAAAGACGAUAAUAAUGAUGGUGAUAGUGAUGGGGAAGAGGAGAAUUCAAUUCAAUGCCAAGAACGUGCGGAAGGGAAAAGUAUGGAGGAUGAAAAAAAAUCCUUAAUCAUUACUCCCUACGUUGAGAGCAGUGGAAUGUUUGUAGAAACGGAAAAAUUUGAAAAAUUAACGGAAGAUAUGAAAUUCAAGUCAAUCGAUGAGGCAGAUGAAAAUUAUCGAAACGAUAAGAAUCAUGUACUAUCGGAUCGGGAUGGAUUGCAACAGGAAGUAAUAAAUACAGAAGAAAAACCAUUUUAUUUAGUACUUACUAAAAAUAAUAGUAGAGAUGAGAGAAAAGACAUUGAGGAACACGAAGGAAGUGAGAAAAUUAGCGAGGAAAUGAGCGAAAUUAAUGUGAAGCCAGAGGAAACCAUUGGUUGUGAAACGGUGGAAGAAAUAGAUUCUCAUCGUGCUCGUGAUGUUCCAGAUAAAUCGUUAACUAUGGAAAUACAUGAUGAAAUUGCAGAGAAUAAAACGAAAUAUCGAUAUGUCUGUUACAUGUGUGAACAACAAUUUGUGAGUAUAGAAAAAUUGAAAAGUCACGUGGCAAAUGAUCACAAUAGCGAGAAAGAUUCUGAAUCAGUGAAUCGUCUCGACGACAAUUUUCCAUGCGAGGAGAAUAAAAAUUGUAUGGAAAAUGACGCUUCUAGUACAAUAAGAAAGAAGAAAAUCAAAUUUUCCUGCAAGUAUUGUCCAAAACAAUUUACAUAUGAAAAAUCAUUUUCAACUCACGCAAAACAGCAUCCGGAGUACAUUAAAUCGGAAAAAUCAGUGGGAACAAAAGAAAAGUGUGAUGAACGGCGAUUUCAUAAUGAUUCUGAAGAUGAUGAUAUGCCCUUGGAGGGUCUGCAGUGUACACAAUGUGGAAAAUUAUUUGCAACGAAGAGAAAUCUCAAGAGACACAUCUCUACUCAUAGCGGUUUGAAAUUCAACUGUCCGACAUGUCAAAAAGAAUUUUCAAGAGCCGACAAGCUCAAGGAACACGAACAAUCUAAACAUAGCAAUGAAUUUUUUGCCCUUUCCGAUGAAGACAAUGACACGGAUAGUGAUAAUCAAAAUAAAAGAGAUGGUGAUAAUCCCGAAAAAAGAAAGAAGGAAAAAAAUCACAAGCCACAUCAGUGCCCAAUGUGUCCAAGAAGUUUUGCUCACAGUCAGACAUUAACAAAUCAUGUGGAGCGACAUAAAAGAAUCAAGCAGCCUCAGAAACGAUUUCUCUGUGAAGUGUGCAGCAAAUGUUUCGCUCAAAGUGGUUCAUUAGUUGCCCAUAUGCGUACUCACACUGGAGUGAAACCCUACGUAUGCAAUGUUUGUAGUCGUGCAUUUACAAAGAGUACAUAUUUACAACUACAUCUGAGAACACACAGCGGUGAAAAACCUUAUAUAUGCCAGUACUGCAGUAGGGCAUUUGCAAGGGCCAAUACUUUAGCUCGGCAUAUAACUAUGCACACGGGCGAGGCUAAAUAUCACUGUCAAAUAUGCAUGAAAUCAUUUAGACGGUUGACAUCACUCAACGAACACACAUAUACUCAUACCGGACAGAGGCCAUACGCAUGUAAAAUAUGUACAAAAAGAUAUAAUAAUGCUGGCUCUCUCUAUGCUCAUACCAAGAAAUGUAAAGCCCAACAAUUGUCAUCAAACAACUCGAACUAUCCCCUCGCCAUUGAAACUACCAAUCUUGAUGAUCCUACAACUUCUUUGAACAAUCAACCUUCCACAAUGUUAAUUUAUGCUCCUAAAAAAUCUCAUCCAGAAAUCCAACAUGUUAAUUCGGAAGCAACAACACUGCCAGAAUUUAUUCUUCCCAAUAUUCAACCAGAAAAAUCACUAUCCCCUGAUCUUGUUCAGCCUGUAUCUACAGAUGAUAGUAGUAAUUUGUAUUCCGUCAAUACCAAACAAUUCAAAAGCUUUUACUACACGACAUAUCCAACUUUAUAAAUUAUCAAAAAAAAAUCAUCCAUCAUCACCACCAAUAUAACAAACAAUUCCGAACGGUACGAAUAAUGCUUUUUCUCUAUUCACUGUACUGUUUCCAUAGUCUUAUUUUAUCCCUAAGAACUACACGUAGCAUUAAGAAAAUAAUUAUUUUUUAAAUAUUAUAUUGUAUUUUAUAAUAAAUUUUUGUAAAAAAGACGAUAU